UACAGCCUGGCUGAAUAGGGCUGACACUCGUAUGCAAUAAUGUUGGGCGACUACCACCACGACUACUUACUCCAUCGCUUACGAGCAUCCAAUUGUCUCGGACCUAACCUAGCUUAAAUGGUUUGACACGAACGGAACGAAGACGCGCACACCUCUAGCCGACCUUUCAGUUCUCUUCAUGCAGACGAGACCUUACGUAAGCUAUUUCGCCUCUACGUUUCUUCAUGUCUUCUUCAAUGUGGGCAUGUUGCACUGCCCGACUUUAUAGAGCAAGGGGGGAACCAAGUCUCGACAACCGCCGUCUUCCGUGGGCUUUCCUGAGCUUGCAUGGCAAGUGUCCGCUGAGGGAUGGGCCAAUUGUCAUAUCAAAGCGCACCUUGCCUCAUCAUCAUCAUCAAAGUCAGCCAACGUUGUACAGAGACUGAAGAGAGCUCGGCAGGACUUGCCCUGCUUGGUUUGACGAUUACAUUCCAUCGACCUGUUCCACGUCAACUACUAGGUUUGACUUUGGCGCGCCAGGUGCCAAUCAAGGGAGGCAUGAAAAAGCCCCGGGAGGGGAGGCGUAUCAAAUCGUCAGCUCUGAACUUCUCUCUCGUGCGUAGUGAGUGGGUUUUAGUUGCUUUGCGGCCACACAGAAGCUUCAUCGAUGCUCUUGUACCUCCUAGCUUGUGAUAAUAUGAACGAGACUACACUACACUACACUACACUAGGGGCUACGGCAUCUUUACUCCGCCAACGGUAUCUGCUCAGUUCGUCACAUUUGAAUGCGGAUAAUGGGCGAAGAGGCGAGGUAAUGGGUAGUACAAGGUGCCACUGGCUCGAUGGUCUGGUCGUUGCGAUGCACCACUUGAAUGAAGCUGGACUUUCACAACUUCCCUCAGAGGGUAGCAGAUGCACAACAUCAGCCGAUGGUUACGCGUUGGCGUCAACGUCAACGGCUGUCCGCGAAUCAAACGAUAUUGCACAUCGCCUUGCCUCUACAUCUCCUUCUUCGCUCCUCGUUCCGCGGCGACCUGAAGACUUGAACAAAGCCCAGCCCACGGCCAGGCGGUCGCCACGCCCUCUGGUCCGUCCGUUUCGACAACCAACGGACAGCAGGCGAAGUCGUACGCGCACACACUCACACACACAAUACGCGGCCACCCACAUCCAGCCGUUUACUGCAAGGUACCCCUUCCUCAUCUUUUCGCUUGUGUCAGGCAUACCCGCCGUGUCCCCGAUAUCAGUUAGAUCGUCGGACCGAGUCCGGCAGAUCGUCUGCCAUUUGGGGUUUCGCUGUUUGGCUAUGCUUGUGGAUUGAAACAGUGCAUUGUGGUGCGAGUGUAGCGGUUGAUUUGCAGCAUUGCUGAACAGGUAUAGCUCAAGGUUGCCAGUUGAUGUCGGAGUUUUCAUCAUUGAUAGCGACAGAGUGUGUCAACAAGGGUGCCAACAAUACUAGCACUGCUUCUUCAAGGCAUCGGGAGUAUCCUUGCAGGCCUUGUUUGUCUUUUAGGUUUGCCAGGUCUGGGUCAAUCUCGUUGGUGAUGGUGAUUUGCAGGCGACGGGUAGAAGCGCGCCAUCAAUCCAUCGAGAGCGCAGAAAAUGAUCGAGGGAGCAGUUGUGGCCAUGGAUGGGAUAUGACAAUCUGGAUUCAGGGAGAUAACACAGUGGUUUGACACCAUUUGGAUGGGCCAUCGAGAUUGUGUCGCCCCAGGGUAUGUGCUGGACAAGCGAAGACGGUCGAUCGGAACCCUCGACUGCAGCCACUUCGGACAGAAAAAUCACAGACUCUUUUUUAUCCGAUCCGAACCCCAUGCUCCUCCUGGGCUCCCCUCGAAUCAGGUUGCGAUGGAUGUGUUUCUGAUGACGCUGGUUUCAUACUCUCGUGGCUUGCGGAGACGUGAGAGGCUAGUGUGCGGCGCAAAAUCUCGUGUUGCGGGUUCUAAUCAUGUCAGGGCCACUUCAAUAUCUGCAAGCCACGAGGUUGAAGGGUUCUAUCCCAGCUCUGGGCGAGUUCCGAGGAGGUUUGAUUUCGGUUGCGACGUGGACAGGGACGACGACGAUG